CCUACCCACACAGUUACGCACAUAUUUACAAAUUAGCCCUCACAAAGAAACAAACAACACUACACUGGCACAAAAUUUGCCAACACCACCACAACUUUCUCAUAAUUACACCUACACCCACGCUCUACCCGGAGCCCCUUUUACCUGCCCGCUAUGGAUCUCACCUCAAACCAGGCCUUAGACUUAUUAUUACUAUCACCACCUAGCUUUCGAAAAUGUCCGGGUUUUUCUCGUUAGGUGGUGCCAAUAAUCUUAAUUACAACAAAGAUCAUCAUCACAAUCCAACGGACAACAACAAUUUGUUUUUGUCCAAAAACGAGGAGAUCUACGGCAAGGGUUUCGAGCUAUGGCGGCAGUACUACCAGCUCCACCAUCAGAGACCGCAAAACAUUCAGGAUUUUCCCAGCAGUAGAAGAAAUAGCAAUAACAAUAAUAAUAAUAGCGAUGAUCAGUGUUCGAGCUUCGGUGGAUUUAGGGUUAUGAGGCGAGGGGGGGCCGAAGGGGUCAACUGUCAGGACUGCGGGAACCAGGCUAAGAAGGACUGCGCGCACCUCCGGUGCAGGACCUGCUGCAAGAGCCGGGGGUUCAGCUGCCAGACGCACGUGAAGAGCACGUGGGUCCCGGCGGCCAAGCGUCGGGAGCGCCAGCAGCAGCUGCAGCAGCAGGACCAGACGCAACUCGCUGUCGGGAAACGGCUGAGGGAGAGUUCGGCCGGGGCGCUUGCUUGCACGGGCUCGCGGCUGCCCGCGACGGCGUCAGGGUUUGAGUUGGGACACUUCCCGGCAGAAGUAAACUCGUCGGCGACUUUCCGGUGCGUGAGGGUGAGCGCCGUCGACGAGGCCGAGGAGCAUCUGGCAUAUCAGACGGCCGUGAACAUAGGAGGACACGUGUUCAAAGGGAUUCUGUACGAUCAAGGCCCCGAGAGCCGGUACAGCGGCCCCGGCGAGGGCUCCUCCGGCGGAUCUCAGCCGCACGGCCUUAUAACGGCCGCCGCCACUAGCCACCAGAAUAUGACGGCGAUUCUCGACCCGACGUCCGUUUAUCCAACUCCAAUUAGUGCAUUCGUUGCGGGUACGCAAUUCUUUCCACCUCCAAGACCUUAAGGAAUGAGUGGAAAUUAGUCUUUUGAGUUUUUAAUUUGUCUUGUUAGAUUUAUUUUGUGCUACUCUUGACUGUGAGAUUGGUAGCGCUUUUGUAUCUAAUUCGAAGCCUAUUUCAAUUAUUGUUCGAAUUUCAAUCAUGAUUAUUCGAUAAUUUAAUAUACUGUUGUUAUAAAUGUGAUUGGUCUUGUCGAUGGUGCUUUUGAUAUAGUUUUUUGUGUAACUUUGAUGUUUCG